CCGCCAUCGCGGUGGGUCCCAUGUGGAGUUGGGGCAAGUAAAGCCGCGGUCCGGGGCGGAGCGGGCUGGCUGGGCAGGGCUCGGCUCGGCUCGGCUCGGCUCUCACCUCCCUGCGGCGGCGUGGCCGGCGGUUGCUGAGCCUGGAAGGAACUGGGCGGUAGCGAGGAGGAGGGGCCGGCGUGGGGCUCCCCGCGGAGGGCGCCACGCCUGCGGUCCGUUCCACAGGGCCACCCGUGGAGCAUGGCUGGCAGAGGCGCUGGCAGCGGCCCGCAGCCGUCCGCCGUGGCGCAGCCGCUCGCCGGCGGUCAUUUGUACCCCUUCGUGAGCGCGGAGAGCGAGGGGCCCGAGGAGGAGAGCGAGUUGUCGGAACUCCGGCCGCGGGGCAGGGAGAAAGUCAGGCGGAGCGCGUCGAGGGACAGGCUGGAUGAUACCGUCCUGCUGACGAAGGACAUCCGGGAAGGGGACACGCUGAACGCGAUCGCGCUGCAGUUCUGCUGCUCCGUUGCAGAUAUCAAGAGAGUUAACAAUCUUAUCAACGAUCAAGAUUUUUUUGCCCUGAGGUCUAUCAAAAUUCCAGUGAAAAAGUUCAGUGUAUUGACUGAAACCCAUAUAUCUUCAAAAGGAAGACCAGCUCUUCGGCCUUCUCUGUGUUCCCCAGAAGUACAGGAAACAUCUCUUUGUGAUAAAUUCUCUGCAAAUGAGACUGCUGGCAACUUCUUAAAAGAAGUCGAUCGAGAUAUAGAAGAAAUAGUGAAGUGUAAUGAUACAAAGAAAGACAAUCUGAAUGAAGUUGUUUCUGCUUUAGCAGCCCAACAGAUCUGUUUUGAAACUGAUGGUAAAACUAAAAAAUGCAAGGAUCCUUACUAUGGAGCAGACUGGGGUAUAGGAUGGUGGACAGCAGUAGUGAUUAUGUUGAUUAUUGGCAUAAUAACUCCAGUUUUUUAUCUCCUGUAUUAUGAAGUUCUAGUGAAAGCAGAUGUCAGUCACCAUUUUCCAAUGGAAUCUUCCCAUUUGUUUGUCACAGCAGUAUCACAUCAGAAAGAAACAGAAAAUGGAAUAAAUCCAACAAAUAUUAUGAAAGUUGAUAAUCAAGGUGACCUUCAGCAUUAAUAGUGGGAGUCCCUAGACAACUGUUAUUUGUAGAUACAUAACAUAACCUUAGAUAGAGGGGAAUCCACAGAAUUCAAAAUGCACUUGGAACGCGGAGAAGCGUACUGAUGUGUGACUUGCCUUUAUGGGCAGUGUUCCACUGCAAGGAUAUUUCUGGGGAUCACAUAAUCUCUGAAUAUGCCUGAGACAGGCAAUUUGCAAGAUUGGAGUGUAAAUUAAGGUAUGAAGUAAUCUCUGAAGCUUUGCACUUUUUUCUAUUUUAAUAGGCACAUUUCUUAAUUAAUGAUGAGGUGAAAAAAUGUAGUUCAAACUAACACACAGGGAGUCUGUGUGUUUUACAGCCCGGAAGUGGGCAUAUGGGGAUAGCUAACUUUUAAACAUCUGAAAGGAUUUCCAGAAUUCAUAGUACACUUGACAUUUUAAUAUAAGGUUUACAGUUGUAAAUUAAAGUGGUGUUCUCAUAAUUUAAUCUUUCUUACAGAGUAAGAUUUCUUUAAAACUCAGUCAUUCCAUAAUUAAUAGCCACUAUGAAGCUGUUUUUUACAGAGGUAGUAGCAAACACUUAAACUGGAAUCUUGAAAUCUUGUGCCUAUGGUCAACCCGUUCUUUAGUACUUUUCAGUACAGGCACUAAAGUAAUUUGUUUUCUCUGUGUGACUCUGUGCCUCAACACAGUCCACUCAGGAGUCAUCCUGAAACUUUACAUUCUUCUUUGGUAUCCUGCUGAAAACUGACUGGACUGCAUUCUCAUCUGGUCACCUAUGUGUAGAAUGAAAGUGCAGAAGUAUGGCACCUUGCUGUAACUGCCCAGUAGUUCUUAUUUUCUGCUAAUAGAAUUAUUUUUUUCCCCCUCCAGUUAAUCUCAGUUUAGGACCAACUGAUUGUUCAGACAGUAGUCGUGGGUACUGAGCAUGCCAAUAUUGGUCUUGUGCCCAUGAACCUCAAGCUCUUUUUCCUGAAAUGUCCUAGAAAACUUAAAAUGAUAUUUAAUGCCUGCUAGCAAAUUUGAGCAGAAUAGACAACUUGCAUCUUCAGACUUGUACUUUACAUAUUAGUGUAUUCAUUAACCAAUCCCCUCUUGAAUGUUUCUUUUGGAGUUUCAUGAUCAACCUUGGUUUUCCCCUCUUCCCAAUCUAAAAAUGCUUCAAGAUAAAAAACAAAACCAUAAAAAACAUAAAUAAAAACCCCCACACCUCUGGACUCUUCAUACAGAAGGGAGGUAUUUGUGUACUCAGAAUACUUUUAAAUAAAAACUGAGAUGGUGCCUAUAAUUAUUUUGGUUAUAUUUGCCUUGUGGAGCAAGAAUUCCGUUGCCCUGUUCAAAAUAGUAUUUAUUACCAAAACUCAAGAUAACAAACUUGAUUAGGACUUAAAAAGAGAGAAGUGGAAAAACAGUCAUCAUCCUUGAAACUACUAUUGUAAUCUUUUCGAUUAGUGUCUUGACUGAGCAUAUACAGUACAAAAAGGUAAAGUGAAUGUGUUCUAACUAUUGAGGUAAUCCAAAAUGUUUUGUGAGAUUCUGAGAUUGAAGACUUAGGCCCCAUUUAUUCUUCGGGCACCUGUUGCCCCAAGAAGUGGGGUAGAUAAUCUUCACUGGCAUGCCAAGUGUAUGAACAAGAAUUGGCUAACUUGUAUUAUAUUGAAAUUGAGGCAGGCCAGAGCUUGAAGGAAAAUGGUGUCAAGUUAGAUACCUGAACUAUGAUCUGUGACUGUUGAACCUUUUGAUUAAAGGAGCAUCUGUGGAGAUAGUGAGCCUCCUCAUAAUCUCCACACUAGAAAAGGGAUUACAAACAGUAUGAUCUUGAUGGUUUGCAUAACACUUGUUUUCAAAGAUCUUUUCAAAUAGUAGUUCUUCAAGAGAAUAUGCCAGUAAGACAAACAUAAACACUAAGGUAGCAGUUCUAAUGCUAUGUGAAAAAAUACUUCAUGAAAUAAUUUAUGGUGGCUAAAGCAAUACAGCUGUCAUGGUUGAAACUUUAAAAGGUGACUCACUCAGACAAGAAAGCUUUGGCACAUAAAAACAAAUAUUUUCUUUAUAGGAUGAAACUUGAUAUAUAAUGCAUAAUUUUUUUACUGCCAAGCCUUUUUAUUGUUUUGCUUCUUCUCCCAUCCUGAGUUGCUGAAACUCACCAGUUCUAAUACUUAAUUCUUCCAUUUCUUAUGUAUUCAUCAAAGAACAUUAAAUGAGCUAUUGUGAUGAUGCAGCAUAAGCCUAAUAUACAGCACAUACCUGAACUGAUGGUUACUAAAUUGCUAUUGGUACAGAAGUGAAAUUAACUGUGGUUGUGGUUUGACUAGGUCAGGAAGGUCUCUGACCUGUUGAUGUAUGGAUACAGAGGUUUGUGGUGGUACAGCUAAAGAGUCCUGUAGUUUCCCAGACUUUGGGCUUUUACAAUGUCAAAGACUUGUGGCUUACUGGCACUGAGUUAAGGGUGAUGUGCCUUGAUUUACCUUAGGAUAAGCAGUCUUGAUUUACCUUAGGAUAACACAAAGGAAUGGCUGUCUUAUGGGACUGUAUUCCAUUCUAAGCAAGAGCCUGGUAUGUUUUUACAUAUGUAUUAUGUAGCAUAUUUCAUACAGUACAUUUUUAAUUAGAGUUAACUUUAUCAGAAGAUACAGUAGAACUCUUUUCAAGACACUAGGACUCCUGAUCCUGGUAAUCUGCAACCAUCAGCUGGCUUGGCUUGCUGCAGAAUGUGGGGAUCUUUACAGCUUUUUUCCAAAGUACAACACAGCUGGUCAUCAUCACAUGUCAGCCUUGAAUAAACAGGAUAACUGCUCUGUGAGGAACUUAAAUCUGAUCCAAGAUAAAAUCUGUGAAGGUAGUCUUCUAGAAAGUGACUUCUUAAACAAACACACAAAACCAAAGAAAAAUUAUCAAAAGAAACCCCAAAAGCAAACAAAAAAAGAGCCCAAACCCCCACAAAGAUGGAAUAAUUGAAUUGUAAACCACCUUUUGGAAUAAUUGCAAAACAUUGUUCAGGAAAUGGGUUUUAAAGUCAAGUGCAUAUUGCACUGCUGGAUCUAUAAAAUCUUAAUGUUUUAAGUCUGGUAUACUUUGGAAUAAGUUCUCACAAAUAGUCUUUGUAACUUGUUUAAUGGCUGAAAAUGCAACUUUGUGAAAUAUUCCUGAGUGAGGAUGCAAGUCUUGUUUUAAAUGCUUCUGCUCCUUUGCUUUUAGAAAAAUGUAAGUAAUAGAUGUAAAAAAAAAGAUUUUAGACUGCAGUGAAAAUGGUGCAUCUAAUAUAUUUUUAGUUCUAUGUACUUCACAUGUUUAUUACAGCAGGCUACUACUUGUUUUUGUUUAGGCCAAUUUUUAUGUAUGACCUACUAUAAAAAUCCUUAGCCAGCAAGUACUUAGUUGGCAGUAGCUGCAUAUAGCAUUCAUAUCUAGCAUACCAUAAUUGCAGCCUUUAUGGUUUAUUCUGUUCAUGCCUUGUAAACGUUGAACUUUUCUGUGUAAAUUCUGGAGAACUUGUUAGUUCUUAAAAAUAGGUAUGAACAACUAGGGGAGGGAUUAGUGAAGUUCUUAGAUGGCGAGAUGACACUGAAAGCAGUAUUCUGUGCUAUAAAUUAGGGUUUGAAUAUAUGCCUGUCCAAUUUGAAGUUUGCUGAAAACUAAAGAACGGUCAUAAGUUUUAUUGGCAUUAUGGUCUUGCAAUAAAUUCUAAGCAAUCAGAAAAUCACCUUCUAAAAAGAGGUGUGAGCAUUACACCUCUGGAAGAGCACAAUCUCACUGCUUUUCAGAAGUGCCUUGGCACUCAUCUGUGUCCUUGCAGAACUUGUUCUUAAUUGAUGGCCUUAUUUGCCAUAGCUAAACUAAUCCUGGAGGGUCCAGCCUAAGACUGCAAUUCCCUCUGAAGGAUAGAGGUGACUACAGUUUACCUCUUAAAGGACUCAAAGAGACUUGAUUUUUACCAGAGUAAUAUUUCUCAACAGUGCAGUAGGAAAGCAGUUGCCCAUUAGAAGAAUGAUGAAUGGAGAAAGUAAUCGGUCCUCAAGAAUUACUGUCUGCUACAGAAUAAGAUACUGUACUUGUUCAGGCAAGUUGUUCUUGACAACUUGUCAAGAAACUGUUACUCAUGCAGUUAACUCUUUUCUAAUGUUAAUUUUAUAGUUCCAUCCAUUUGCAUUCAUUUUUUGGGGGGUAAGGAGUCUCACCAUUCACCUUCCAUGGGGAGAACAGCAAGCAGAAGCAGUUUAUAGUCAUGGCAAGCAAAUUUAAUUUUCAGCAUACUUGCCUCAUUCACAUCUUCUCUCUGUGUUCUGUAUAUCACACACAAGAAACAGGCACACUCAUUCAAGAAACAACUGCUGAUGUGUGUGAUGUUAAAAAAGAAAUUAACUGGCAGAAUAAGUUUCCUGUGCAAUGCAUCUGAAUGUUUGUUACAUGUUGUAGUCAAAUAAAACAUGUUGUAGUCAAAUAAAAAUAGUAUACCUCUGA